UCUCUGUAAAGCACUUUGUGACAACUGCUGUUGUAAAAAGGGCUUUAUAAAUAAAUUUGAUUGAUUGAAAUCGAAAAACCUUCCUACAUACAUCGCAAUUCGUGAUGUUCUCAUGUACAGCUGUAAAAUGACCACACGAUUCUCCUCUUCCGUUCAGCCAUGACAUUCAUGAAUGCUUUGAAUGUAGGCCUAUGGGUUGGAUUGGCGAUAAACCCGGGUAGUCAGGGUGCGCGCCGCGGCGCUGUGUGUGAGCAACGCGAAUGUUGGUUGUUUGAGUGCACGUUCACAAGCAACAGCAGUGGAACUGGAGAAGCACUUAAGAUGUGUUCACGACAACGGAACGUUUUUUUGCACGGAGUGACAGUUAUAUUCUUUGGUGAAAUCGGUGCACCCUAGAAGAAACUGAAACUGGUAUCGACCCUAAGUAUUAAAGCUAGAAUCGAUCUUCAAAAACGAGACGUAGUAGUAUCGAUAUUUUAGGAAAGAUCCGCCCCUCCCUACAUCCUCCCAUUUAAUUGUUUUUAAAGGGUAACUUUUUUGCGGUUGACCUGUCCUGAGUGGUUCGCAGAUAUUUUUUUCAGUAUUAAAGAUAAGGCAUUUGUGUCGUGAAUGCUCGAAUCUAGUGUUUACCCGGCUCUAGUUUACGAAUCCUUUGUAAGCAUCCUUUAGUUCAAUGGAUGAGUGGAAACUGGACUAUCUCCUUGGGUCCCGCAACUCAGCCUCCCUCCAAAAACCCAUCAAACAAAAAAGCCUGCCGUCGGACUCUCUUCAGCAACAGUCCCGAGACGUUAUGUUGCGUGAAUCCACCUGCUAACACCUUGCUUGUAGAUUGUUGGGCCGGUUAUGGCGUGACACCGUUGCCAUGACGACCUUGGAUCACAAGACCGAGCCCGGGCGGCAGAAUGGGAGCAUCGUUUGGAAGAACCUGUCCAAAUAUGUGUCGAUCUUCCUCGUCCUGGCCCUGUCAGGAAUCAUUCUUCUUCUGCGCAACAUACACACUCUUGAGAAGCUGAACUGCCAAACGGUGUCGACACUCUACCAGGUCCAGAGCAGCAUCCACUCUGCCUUCACCCCGGACGGCUCUUCUCUUCUCUACCACAACCACAGCUACUGUGUCCACCUGGGCCAGGAGCCGCUGCCCAAGGAGGCCCAAGAGGAGCGCUACUUGCUGGAGUCCAUCGCCUGGCCGGAGGCCCCACCCCGAGAUACGCCCCUUCGGCAGACCAGUGACCCGGCCCAUAGCCAGUUUACGAUCCUGUCAGCGGGGGGCGGUAGAGAGUGGCGCGUCGGGGACCAGCUGGAGGCUCUGGUCCACAUGCAUGACUUCCAGGGGCAUCCCAAGCGCCACGGCGGGGAUUUCCUGCUUGCCAGGCUGCAUUCCCCGGAGUUAGGGGCAGGCGUGGCGGGGCAGGUGUUUGACCACCGAAACGGGUUGUACUCUGCCAUGUUCCCUCUCCUGUGGGAGGGAUCUGCGCGAGUGGAGGUUACGCUAGUCCAUCCCAGUGAGGCGGUCGCUGUGCUACGACGGUUACGGGAGGAACGGCCCGACCGGGUCUUCUUCAAGAGCCUUUUUCGCUCUGGAUUCCUGUCCGAGACCACCAUGUGCAACCUGUGCCUGCCGGCCAACCAGCAGCCGCUGUGCAAUUACACAGACGCCCACACGGGGGAGCCCUGGUACUGCUACAAGCCCAAGAUGUUGGGCUGUGACACGCGGAUAAACCACGCCAAAGGAGGCUACCAAAAACACCUGCUUACUAACAAAGAAGCCCUGCUCUUCCAGAGCGGUGUAAACAUCAAAGUCCCUAUUCGUGCUUCAGGGUCUGACAGGGUCGUUGUGCAACCGGAAGAGAAAGACAAACCGGACGUGGACAGCAGCAGUGGGAGGGUCGUUCCGUCUGGGUUCUACUUCCAAGGGUCUUGGCAAGCGUUGGGCGGCGUCGCCGUGCGCCAAUUCAAUGACUCCUCCGCCAUUACCCAGUGCCUGAAGGGCAAGGUGGUAUCCAUGUAUGGAGACUCCACCGCCAGGCAGUGGUUUGAGUACCUCAACGCCUUUGUUCCAGAGCUGAAGGAGUUCAGCCUCCGCAGUCCCAAGAACGUGGGGCCCUUCAUGGCCGUGGACAGCACCCACAACAUCCUGCUGCGCUACCGAUGUCACGGGCCGCCAAUCCGCUUUUCCACGGUGGUCGCCAGCGAGAUGCGCUACGUGGCCAACGAGCUGGACGGCCUGGCGGGGGGCCCAGACACAGUGGUGGUCAUCAGCAUUUGGGCCCACUUCAGCACGUUCCCGGUGGAGGUCUACAUACGCAGGCUGCGCCACAUUCGGCGCGCUGUGGUCCGCCUUCUGGACCGGGCCCCAGGGACCCUGGUGGUGAUGCGGUCGGCUAACCUGCAGGCCCUGGAUUCGGAGGUGAGCCUGUACAACAGCGACUGGUUCUCAGCGCAGCUGGACAGCGUACUGAGGGCCAUGUUCCGUGGCCUGGAUGUCCUUCUGGUGGACGCCUGGGAGAUGACCCUCGCCCACCAUCUCCCGCACGCCCUCCACCCUCCGCCGGUCAUUGUGAAGAACAUGAUGGACACUAUCCUGUCGUACAUAUGCCCAGUUCGGAGCAAGCGCGCGAGCGGGGAUUGGUGGAGACGGAGGGUUAGAGGAUGAGAACACAAGCGUGAGUUGGGGUGUGUGGCUGCAUUUCCAUGGGUUGAAUGUUGUCCUGUUACAAAGAUGACUUGUUCAUUGCUAACAUGGCCUGAUGUCGGCCCUAUCCGCUGUCUGCUUCCUGUGUUUGUGAAUCACCGUUGUUAAAGAGACAUGAAGGAGAUUGCGACAGGAUUUUAUCUGCAGGUUACCCCUGGUUUUCUCAAAACACCAUGGAGUUUCUCCACAACUGUAAACCAAGCCCAAUCAUGACGAAACGCCAAUUAGCAUUAGCCAACAGAUUAGCUGAUCUCUCCUCAUUACCGUGUCAUGAGAUUAUGGUCACAGAACACUUGGUCUCCAUGCUGUAAUCCAAAGAUGGAUGCAAUUGAGAUCUGCUGUGCAGGUGAAUUUAUCACGUUUUAUCAUUCAUUGAUGUUAAUCAAGUGGUCAAUCCUUGCUGCAAUAGCCCCCCCACUCUGGGUUUAAACCAGGUGCCCCCCCCUUCCUACUUGUGCUUUAACCAAACGCCCCCCUUAGGGUUUAAACAACCUAUGAACACAUUUAUGCGAUAAUAAUCACAAAUUAAACAGUUCAAAAGUUACUUCUUUCCAGGGGUUCUUAUUAAAACGGUGGGAAUGAAAGUAUGGAACAAAUAGUUUUCAAAAGGCAGUAUUUUAAAAAUGUGACAACUGUGAAGUAGGCAGCUAUGUCAUUGAAGUGUUACCAAUGUCAAUGUGGACAACAAAGCAUAUAUUUCAUUGAUAAGCUUCAAUUUAGAAAAUAAUAAUCCUGGCAUUAGUUUAUUUUUUUUGAGACAAUGGAAAAUUAUGACUGCUAGUGCUUUAAACACAAAUAUAAUUACUUGCUCGUACUGUUACAAAUUUCAAACAUGAAUCGUCCAGAGGUUUUGUUACCAGAAUUGUGCCAAAAACGAUCUGUAAUUGUUAUCAUAGGGACACUUCAACUGUGAGAGAAUAAAAUCCAGAAAAUUACAUUUUUAAAUAAUUA